CCGACCACCACCACCACCGCCGCACUCUCAUCUUCUUCAUCCACCUACGUUCUGAAAUCGAGAAACCGUGAGAAGAAGAGAAGAUAAAACAAAAAAAAUUCUUUUAGAGAUCUAGUAGUGGAACUGUUGAAAGGGAAGUGGAUUUGGUUCGAGUCUUUUUAUUUAGGGUUUCCAGCUAGAAUCUUCGAACUCUUCAUUUGCUUAGAAAUUAGGGUUUGAGAUUUAUCUGGUAGUGAGAGGGAGUAAUCAUGGCGGAGGUUGUUCUACACAUAUACGAUGUGACAAACAGUGGAUCGGAGAAGACAAACAACACCAUUCUCCAGAUCAACAGGUUCUUCAAAGACGGUAUUGGCCUUGGCGGCAUCUUCCACAGCGCCAUUCAGGUAUAUGGAGAUGAUGAGUGGUCUUAUGGGUUUUGUGAACAAGGCACUGGCGUCUUCAGCUGUCCUAGCAGCAAGAACCCUAUGUAUACUUAUCGUGAGAAAAUCGUCCUUGGGAGGACUGAUUGCACCAUUUUCAUGGUCAAUCAGAUCCUGCGUGAGCUCAGCAGGGAGUGGCCUGGACAUUCCUAUGAUCUCUUGUCCAAAAACUGCAAUCACUUCUGUGAUGUACUCUGUGAUGUACUUGGCGUCCCAAAGCUCCCAGGUUGGGUGAAUCGCUUUGCCCAUGCUGGUGACACGGCCUUGGAAGUUGCAGGAAACACAGCGAUGAGGAUAAAGCAAGCCAAAACUGAACUAGUAUCAGCUAGUAAAGUGGCAUAUCGCUUCCUUUCCAAUGUUACAUCAAACGUAACCAACGGCUCCAAUGGCUCUCAGCAACGACCUGGAGGGACCCUCACCAACUCAGAAAAUGGGAACGUGAGAUUGCAAGGCAGUUGGUUCAAAGGGUUACUCAACACUUCAAAACCCUCCUCAAGCACAGAGAUAGAGAACAAAGAUGAAGAUGCGAAUCAGCAGAGAAAGAUGAGCCGUGACUCUGCACCCCUCCACCAUAGUUCAUUUGGUUAAACUGUAUAUCCCCACUGCUCGAAAACUGUACCAACAUUGUACUCUCAUCUGUAUCCAUUUACUUUUGUACCAACAUUGGAUCUUUUAUUUCUUUUCAGCAAAAAGUGUGAUUUUGAUAAAACAAAACAUACCAUUUAUCUA